CUGGAUGUGAUGGCUACCUAGGUAUGUAUCUAUCUACCUAUAUAAGAAUUGACUUCUCGCUUUGUUGAAUGACUUUUCUUCUUCUUUUACAUCACACCAUCGCACAUUACUUGAACUUCUACUUUCUACAUUUGAUACCCAGAACAAAAGUCAAUACUAUUAUUACUUUAAAUCAUCAACUCUACUCUACUCAACUCAUCUCAUCUCAUCUCUCCUCAAUCCGCAAAUAUGCAAUUCAAGAACAUCCUCGUUUUGGCGUUCGCCGGUGCUGUUAUGGUAUGUUUUCUUCGUCUUGGAAUAAAAUCCACAUCUCGAUGCAAAAUACAAUCAAUACUAACAAAGCUACUCUAGGGUCAAGGAGCCUCCGUCAGCUCAAUCCUCUCGGCCGCCACAUCUGAAGCAAGCAGUGUAGUCAACUCCGUCACGUCCACCGCCUCCACCGCAGCCGAAAGUCUCUCAUCCUCCAUCUCCUCGGUCGAGUCAUCCAUCAGCUCCGCCCAAUCAUCUGCUGAAUCCUCCAUCUCAUCCCGCGAAUCUUCAGCUGCCACUCUCACCGGUUCAUCUGCUGCUUCUGCUUCCUCAUCUCUUUCUUCCGUUUCAAGCUCUGUUGCCUCGAGCUUGGCCUCCAAGACUUCCUCGUUGUCUUCUUCGGCCAGCUCUGCUUCUUCUAGUGGUGGUGCUGCUAUUCAAACUGGUGCUAUGGGAGCUGCUGCUCUUUUCGGUGGUGCCGCUAUCUUUGCUGCUGCUUUGUAAAUGAUUGAUUGAUUGGAAGCUUUCUUUCUUUUUAAUCAUACAAGGACAGCUAGUUACAAGUGGUUUAUUGAAAUGGGGAUUCAUCAUUGGGUUGGGAAGAAAUACUACCACUAUUGCUGCUAAACUGAUGAUGGAUGGGAAAGUUGAACACAUACAGAUGAUGGUAAUGAUGAUUAGGAAUAAAUGGGACUGAAUUGGGUUGCAAAUGGGCGCGUUGUACUUAAUUGCAUGGAUAAUUAAUACUAUUACAUGGACAUAU